CCUAGCAACGGCGAGAGCGGAGUGUAAACAAGCGGGCCGGAGCGGCGCCAUGGCGGGGGAGGCGGCGGUGGCCGGAGCUGAGGGGCCCUUCUGCCUGCAGCAAGUUUCCAUUACAGAAGAUUCUGAAGAUGAUUAUCAGUAUGAAGAGGUUCCAGCAGAUGAUGAUGUUAGUCUUCUGGAAGGUGAUGAAGAUCUGGAAAAGGCUUUACAGACAAUACAGGAGCAGGCUGAAGAUGCACAAAUUAUAGCUCAGCGAUCGGAUCUAAUAUCUAAGCAGUCAGUGUCUGAAAUCCCUGAAGUUGUGGAUGACUUUCUUUGCAAUUUCCUGGUCAGAAUGAGGAUGACCAGAACCCUUGACUGCUUCCAAACCGAAUGGUAUGAACUAAUGCAGAAAGGUAUAAUUGAUCGUAAAGACAUUGGAUUUGUCCCAGAUAUGUACACUUACAAUCAGCAUUUGGAGAUAGAGAACAGAAGAUUAAAGAAGGAAUUGGAAAACUAUAAACAGGCUGCCAGCAAAGCUAAGGAGGCGUUGCAAAAAAUACAGAAAGAACGUGAUUUCCAUCGAAUGCACCAUAAGCGAGUGGUCCAAGAAAAAAACAGGCUCAUUAGUGAUAUUAAAAGAUCACCAGUCACAGCCAAUGCGAGUGGCAGGAAGCUACAUGGACCAGGAAACUGCUUCCCAACACUCAUAUUGGCCAUGAACAGCAUUUCGCAGCCAACGAGAGUUACAAUCAUCCGAUAUCUGCAGUGGCGCAGGCUGAAGGCACAUUAUGUAUCAUAUGAGCCAAUGCUGAAUCAGCUGACUGAAAAAUACCAGAGUAUACUGAGACAGAAAAUGUUAACCAGCUUGGAGAGAGACAGAGCAGUUGGUCAGGUUACAGGCUUGCAAGCUACAUUACAAAAUUUAGAAUCUGGGCGUGGUAUUGAAAUUCCUGUGACCCGAGCAGGUCAUAGAUGCGAAAGGGAAGAUGAAAGACAAGAUCCUGUCCAGAAAGCUGUUCAAGAGACAAGAGAGCAAAAAUAUCUAUAUGCUGGGGUUGCUCCGUAUGAUCCAGCCAAGGAUCCAACAAAACAAAAGGGCAAGAGGUAUUCCAAGGAUUCAGAAUUUCCUAAAGAUGCUCAAGUGAAUCCUUACCUUGCUCGAGCGAAGGAAUGUAUCCGACCAUUGAAAUCUGCAGUAUACCGGUUGAGCAACACUUUGAAAGUCCAUAAUCUCGCAGUCAGCUGUUUGGCUUUGCAUCCUCGGAAAGAUAUUGUGGUGACUGCCAGUGAUGACCACCUCUGGAAGAUGUGGGCCUUCCCAAAUGGGAACAUCAUUAUGACAGGUGAAGGCCACACCGAUUGGCUUUCUGGCUGCUGCUUCCAUCCAAGUGGCACCAAAUUGGUCACCUCAAGUGGAGACACAACAGUCCGGAUAUGGGAUUUCACAAAGGGUGAAUGCAUUCUGACUCUGGAAGGACACAGCCAUGCAGUGUGGGACUGCUCGUGGCACGCUUGUGGAGAUUUUGUGGCUUCUGCUUCCAUGGAUAACACCAGCAAAAUAUGGGACAUUAACAGUGAGCGAUGCAGAUACACAAUGCGUGGUCACAAGGAUUCGGUCAAUAGUAUAGAGUUUCUUCCAUUCUCCAACACUGUCCUCACCAGCUCUGCGGACAAGACCCUAUCUCUCUGGGAUGCCAGAACAGGCCUCUGUGCUCAGACUUUCUAUGGUCACCUGCAUUCCUGUAACCAUGCGACAUUCAACAUGAAGGUGAUACUUUACAAGUGUAAUUAGUAAUUAAAAGCUGUCUUCCCUGCUCCUGAUGCAGCAGAUCUUCUGGCCUCAAGUCACCUCUGCUCAGUGGUGUGCAGGAACCCAGAUUGCACACCACAUGGAGAAAGUACCAUUAUUCUCGCCCUGCUGCAUCCGUUACUCCUUUUUUGUAUUACAAUAAUGUAUAUGGUUACUGACAAUUAUCAAGGCUCAACUGUAUUAGGUGUACAAACCGCAUGGUAAGAGGCUCUCCCUUCUCUAAAUAGUUUGCAGUAUUAGAGACUACAGACAAAGCAUUAAAAAAGGAAGAACUAUCCCUAUGUAAUAGACAGAAAAUUAAGGCACAGAAAGCCAGUGACUAGCAAAAAAUUACAUUCAAGGUCUGGGUUAGAAUUUAGCAGGGGCAUGUUAGUGGAUAGUCCCUACCCAGAAGUCACCUACUACAGGACAGACCCAACAAAGAAAGCAACAGAACUCCACCAGACAUUACCUACAGACCCCAGCCAAAAAAUCUC